CAGCUAACCAAUGGCAAGAGCCGUUUCAUCGGCUGCAUAAGCAGCAAGAUCAAAAGUGAGCCUUUUCUGAUUGCUGCAUAGUGUCAAUUGGCCAAUCUCUUCUCCCAGGGAAAAAAAAAAAAGUAAAUCAAACCUUUGAGAAGCAUUUGCUGGUUGAAGUGCUUUCUGUCUAGUGAGGGGUCUGUGGAUUCCUAGUGUAUGAUAAACAGGACUUUAAAACCCAGGGACGGGAGGGCCAGCGUUCAGGUUCUAGAGCUAUGCAGCUGGAGCAUUGCCUCUCUCCUUCUAUCAUGCUCUCCAAGAAAUUUCUCAAUGUGAGCAGCAGCUACCCACAUUCGGGCGGAUCUGAGCUUGUCUUGCAUGAUCAUCCCAUUAUCUCGACCACUGACAACCUGGAGAGAAGUUCACCUUUGAAAAAAAUUACCAGGGGGAUGACGAAUCAGUCAGAUACAGACAAUUUUCCUGACUCCAAGGACUCACCAGGGGACGUCCAGAGAAGUAAACUCUCUCCUGUCUUGGACGGGGUCUCUGAGCUUCGUCACAGUUUCGAUGGCUCUGCUGCAGAUCGUUACCUCCUCUCUCAGUCCAGCCAGCCACAGUCUGCGGCCACCGCUCCCAGUGCCAUGUUCCCGUACCCCGGCCAGCACGGACCGGCGCAUCCCGCCUUCUCCAUCGGCAGCCCCAGUCGCUACAUGGCCCACCACCCGGUCAUCACCAACGGAGCUUACAACAGCCUGCUGUCCAACUCUUCGCCGCAGGGCUACCCCACGGCCGGCUACCCCUACCCACAGCAGUACAGCCACUCCUACCAAGGAGCCCCUUUCUACCAGUUCUCCUCCACCCAGCCCGGGUUGGUGCCCGGCAAGGCGCAAGUAUACCUGUGCAACAGGCCACUUUGGCUGAAAUUUCAUCGGCAUCAAACGGAGAUGAUCAUCACUAAACAGGGAAGGCGCAUGUUUCCCUUUUUGAGUUUUAACAUUUCUGGUCUCGAUCCCACCGCUCAUUACAAUAUUUUUGUGGAUGUGAUUUUGGCGGAUCCCAAUCACUGGAGGUUUCAAGGAGGCAAAUGGGUUCCUUGUGGCAAAGCGGACACCAAUGUGCAAGGAAACCGGGUCUAUAUGCAUCCGGAUUCCCCCAACACUGGGGCUCACUGGAUGCGGCAAGAAAUCUCUUUUGGAAAAUUAAAACUUACCAACAACAAGGGAGCAUCAAACAACAAUGGGCAGAUGGUGGUUUUACAGUCCCUGCACAAGUACCAGCCCCGUCUGCACGUGGUGGAAGUGAAUGAGGAUGGCACAGAGGACACCAGCCAGCCAGGCCGAGUCCAGACAUUCACUUUUCCGGAGACUCAGUUCAUCGCUGUCACUGCCUACCAGAACACGGAUAUUACACAACUAAAAAUAGAUCAUAACCCCUUUGCAAAAGGGUUUCGAGAUAACUAUGACACGAUCUACACGGGCUGCGACAUGGACCGCUUGACCCCGUCGCCCAACGACUCUCCGCGCUCGCAGAUCGUGCCCGGCGCCCGCUACGCCAUGGCCGGCUCUUUCCUGCAAGACCAGUUCGUGAGCAACUACGCCAAGGCCCGCUUCCACCCGGGCGCCGGCGCAGGCCCCGGGCCGGGCACCGACCGCAGCGUGCCGCACACCAACGGGCUGCUGUCCCCGCAGCAGGCCGAGGACCCGGGCGCGCCGUCGCCGCAGCGCUGGUUCGUCACGCCGGCCAACAACCGGCUGGACUUCGCGGCCUCGGCCUACGACACGGCCACGGACUUCGCCGGCAACGCGGCCACGCUGCUGUCAUACGCGGCCGCGGGCGUGAAGGCGCUGCCCUUGCAGGCCGCGGGCUGCACGGGCCGCCCGCUCGGCUACUACGCCGACCCUUCCGGCUGGGGCGCGCGCAGCCCCCCGCAGUACUGCGGCGCCAAGUCGGGCUCCGUGCUCCCCUGCUGGCCCAACAGCGCUGCGGCCGCUGCGCGCAUGGCCGGCGCCAACCCCUAUCUGGGCGAGGAGGCCGAGGGCCUGGCGGCCGAGCGCUCGCCGCUGGCGCCCGCCGCCGAGGACGCCAAGCCCAAGGACCUGUCCGACUCCAGCUGGAUCGAGACGCCCUCCUCCAUCAAAUCCAUCGACUCGAGCGACUCGGGGAUUUACGAGCAGGCCAAGCGGAGGCGGAUCUCGCCGGCUGACACGCCGGUGUCUGAGAGCUCGUCCCCGCUCAAGAGCGAGGUGCUGGCCCAGCGGGACUGCGAGAAGAACUGCGCCAAGGACAUAGGCGGCUACUAUGGCUUCUACUCGCACAGCUAGGCCGCCAGCCCGCUCGCCCGCCCGCCCGCCCGCCCGUGCCCCCGGCCCCCCAGCUCGGCCCCACGUCCUCCUUCCCAGGCCCGUUCUAGCGCACUCGCUCUUUCACUUGACCCUCGAUGACCGUCUGCGGGGAUAAGUGCAGGUCUCCCACUAUAAUUUUAAAACUCUUCUUUUUUUUUUCUUUCUUUCUCUCUGCACAGCCUUCUCUGCAGUUAGCGCACCGACCUUGAACCUGGCUGUAAACCUUGUGGUUUUCCAACUUUUCGUCUGUGAAGUUAUGAUCCUCCCUGUCUUUUUUCCAACCCCCUCUCCUUGCCCCACUCACCCUCUCUUUUCUCUUGGAAUGAAACUCUUCAACUUUAGGAGACCUGGGCAAUCCUGCCAGGCAGCAGCGAUUCUGACCCGCCUUGUCUUGGCCUCCCUAUUUAACCAUAGGAUGUUGACUCUAGAACCUGCACCCACCCAGCGCGUCCUUUCUUAUACCCGAGUGGAUGGAUGGAUGGAUGGAUGGAUGGUAGGGAUGUUAAUACUUUUAGUGGAACAAAGCCUGUGAAAUGAUUGUAUAUAGUGUUAAUUUAUUGUAACGAAUGGCUAGUUUUUAUUCUCAUUGUCAAGGCACAAAACCAGUUCACGCUGAACUUUUUAUCCCUUUCCUUUCUUCUCCUUUUCUUUUUCUCCUCUCAUUCUUUCUCUUCUCCCACCCCCUUUGUUUUCUUGUGAGUUAUUAAAGAUAUUCUAAGAGGCUCUGGAAACACGAAGCACUUCAUAGUGGUGGCUUUCUCACUUCUCAGUUCGUUGCAUGAUGUAACCACUGUGUGCCCCGAUGCACACAACGCACACAACGUAGCUAAGGAGAAUCCACCUGAACACCUGUAAAAGCUAGUUGUCUGUUCCUAGGCGAGUCGAGUAAGUGACACGAUGCCUGCCAGGCAGACUUAACUGGAGUUCUAUGUGUUUCUCCCUUCCUUCUAAAUGGAAUGGCCCCACAUCAGCAAUAUUAUUUUGCCUUAUUUGUUUUUCCCCAAAGUGCCAAAUCCAUUACUGGUCUGUGCAGGUGCCAAAUAUGCUGAUAAACUGUUUCUGACUAUCUUUUCAGACCCCACUCCACCUUUAUAUGCUGUAAAUCUUUGUAAUGAAUAAUCUACUAAUGAUAUAGAUGACUGAAUUGUUGGUAACUAUAGUGUAGUCUAGUGAAGAUGAAUUGUGUGAGUUGUAUAUUUUACUGCAUUUUAGUUUGAAAACGAUUUCCCCACCACUUAGAGACAGCUGAAAUUUGACUUUCUUGGGAAAACACUAGCAUUAUUGCAAGUAAGACUGAUUCCCCCCCCAAGUCUUGUUAUAUUUGAUAAGGAGCAUUAAUCCCCCUGGAAAUAGAUUAGUAGGAUUUCUAAUGUUGUGUAGCAAACUUAUACUUUUUUGUACUUUAAAAUCAAUGUGAAAUAUGCAUCAUACACAAUAUUCAAUCUAGAUUCCAGUCUAUGGGGGGAUUUGUCCUAAUAGGAAUUCAGGGUCUAAACGUGGGUAUACUUUGGCUCUCCUGUAAAUCAAAUGUUGUGAUUUUUAUAUUUGUUUUGUUUUGUCUGUGAAUUGAAUAAUUUAUACAAGUAUACACUCCACUGAGAAUCGUUUUGUUUUCUGCUCGUUUGUAUCGUCUGUGUAUAACAAGUAAAAUAAAUCUGGUAAAAUGCUAAA